UGUUGGCCCCUCGAGUUUGGAGAGGUCCAAGACAAAGUUCAUUCCGUGUACUGAACUGAAUAGUUUGGUCGGUUGCUCGCGCUCUCUCUCUCUCUCUCAUACAGGAAGAGAACUGAUUACCAGCUAUGCAGUAGAGAAAAUGGAAAGGGAAGCAAAAAAAGAAGGCUUUAGAAAGUACUUGGAAUCUAGUGGUGUUCUUGAUGCUCUGACAAAAGGUCUUGUUGCACUAUAUGAUCAGAAUGACAAACCUUCUUCUGCUAUCGAGUUCAUCCAACAAAAGUUAGGUGGUCCAACUUUGUCGGAGUAUGAAAAGCUGCAAGCUGCAAUGUCAGAUUUGCAAAUUAGAUAUGAUGACCUUCGGGUGGCACACCAAGAAAAGUGCAGGGAGCUCGAUGAAUUGAAAAAAAUAAAUCCAGAGGCAUUUUCUAGAGAGACCAUUGAUGAUGAGUCCCCAAAGGAUGAAUCAGCUGAAAGUGUACAAGGUUAAUUCCACGCGGUCAUAAACAACAUAGCUUUCAUUUACGCCAUUAAACAUCAUUGGCAUUGGAGAGAAAAGAGUCUGGUGUUGUAUCCUCCACAAUUUGUAAUAACCUCGAAUUUGUUUUGUACUAUCUUCUUCUUUUUCACUGUUUGUGCACUGUUGAAGGAUUUGGCUCGACUGUCAGCUGCUUGUUGUAAUUUUGUGCUACAUUCUAUUGUACCCUCCAUUUUCCGGUGUGCACCGAUUGGUUAUGAUUUGUUGGUCUUGGUUAUGGUAUUGGAGCCCUAA